UCUAAUCGUGGGCUAUGGCACAUUAUAACCGGACGAUCUUCCUUGCAAGAGCCUGUAAGUUCAGUACGAAGACGAGGUUUUACAAUUGCAAAAUCAUCUCGAUUUGCUUUGCUGCGAUGCUGGCUCCGUCUCGCACUUAUUACGCUCUUUCUUUCUUCCUUCCUCUCUCUCCUUCUUUCUUUCAUAGCAUGAUCAAUUUGUUCGGCUCUUCAUACGAAGUGUUUGCAUCCAGAUUGAUGAGGUUGCUGCAGUAGUAUAAUUUAAUUCGCUAUUAAGUAUGUUUUGCGCAAGCGUAAUUUAAUUUAAUAAUGCGCAAUUGAGUGUUGAAUUAUUGGAAAAAACUAAAUUUUUUUAAAUUUAGGAUCAGAUAGGAGAAGAACUUAAACGGAAGAAGGAUCGUUUACUGCUAGGAAUCGCUGACUAUAAAGAACCAAGGUACACUUAAUUUGUGGUUUUAUUCCUGUUUCAUUCUUCAGCAAGUAUGUGACAGGUGAUUGUUUUUUUAAUCUCACUAAUUUUUUGCGUUGGCGCAUUACAUUGAAUAUCAUUAUUUCUCAGUCCUCAGUCUGCUGAAGCUCUUCGAAAGUCACCAAAUAUUAAACCAAAACGAAAGGAAUUUGUUUUGAAACUUAGUAAAUUUUUGGUAAGUUUGUUAUUGUUGUUGUUGUUAUUGUUGUUGUUAUUCUCAUUAUCAUUACUAUUGCCAUAUCUUCUGUUGUAGUUGUUGCUGACAUAAUUGCUUUUGUUGAUCUUGCUGGGCUGGGGUUAACCCUUAACAUUCCAACAUCAGUAUGAAUAUUCUGUACACCAUUUUCUGUAGAUUCCUAUGGUAAUAGUGAGGAGAAUUUGUUGACAAUCAAGAGCUUCUUUAGUUGGGGAUCAUUUUCUUUAUUCUCAUGACUGUAGUAUUCGAUUUAGUAGCAAUACUGUUGGGAGAAAUUAGAUGGUUGUCCCUUCAAGGUAUUAAAAUGUUAACAAGUGCCCCAUGAACAUUUACGAGUAUUAAUUUUAAUCAGAUAUUGUGAUGGAUUUUUCCUAGAAUCUUGAUGAAUGGAAGAGUUUACAGUUGUUUGGCAGCUACUUGGAGAAUGACUUUAGAGGCUCUAAACAACAGCUCCUGGUUUGUAGAAUUAUU